AUGGCCACCAACUCGAUCAAGCUGCUCACGGGCAACAGCCACCCCUCGCUCGCCAAGCUGGUGGCUGAUCGGCUAGGCAUCGAGCUGACCAAGAUCCUCGUGCUGCAAUACUCCAACCAGGAGACGUCCGUCACCAUCGGCGAGUCGGUUCGCGACGAAGAUGUCUUCAUCCUGCAGUCGACCGCCCCCGGCGACAUCAAUGACGGCCUAAUGGAGCUGCUGAUCAUGAUCAACGCCUGCAAGACCGCCUCGGCCCGCCGCAUCACUGCCGUCAUCCCCAACUUCCCCUACGCUCGUCAGGAUAAGAAGGACAAGUCGCGUGCUCCCAUCACCGCUAAGCUGAUGGCCAACAUGCUGCAAACGGCCGGCUGCAACCAUGUCAUCACCAUGGACCUGCACGCCAGCCAGAUCCAGGGCUUUUUCAACGUCCCUGUCGACAACCUCUACGCCGAGCCCAGCACGCUGCGCUGGAUUCGCGAGCACCUCCCCGUCAAGGAGUGCGUCAUUGUCAGCCCUGAUGCUGGUGGUGCGAAGAGGGCUACAUCCAUCGCCGACGGCCUCGACCUCGGCUUCGCGCUGAUCCACAAGGAGCGCGCUCGGCCGAACGAGGUCUCGAAGAUGGUUCUGGUCGGAGAUGUUAGCGAUAAGAUUGCCAUCAUCGUCGACGACAUGGCCGACACUUGUGGUACGCUUGCGAAGGCUGCUGAUGUCGUCAUUCAGCACGGCGCUAAGUCGGCCAUUGCCAUUGUCACGCACGGUAUCCUGAGCGGCAACGCCAUCAAUGCGUUGAACAACAGCAAGCUGGAGAAGGUUGUCGUGACCAACACGGUGCCGCACGACGACAAAAAGCUGCUUUGCUCGCGCAUCGAGACCAUCGACAUCAGCCCAACUCUGGCUGAAGCUUGCCGUCGUACCCACAACGGCGAGAGUGUGUCGUUCUUGUUCAAGCACGCCCCUGUCGACUAA